AGAAUCUGAUCGCUCCGCAUGUGAGACAGUCCAGAUUCAGUGUCGCUCGAACAGUUCGAUUUUGACCUCGAGGGAAAAUUCACGAACCAGGGCGAGGACACGGUGAAUCAUGAGCGAGAACGAGUUUUGUAGGAAGGCGUGGGAGGGAAACCGGGGCGAAGUCAUGCGCCGCCUCCAGGAAGAUCGGAACGCUGUCCACGAUAAGGAUCUCGUCGGUCGCACAGCGAUACAUUGGGCCGUAUCAGGGAAACGACUCGAAAUUUUCAAUAUUCUCGUCGAACAUGGGAGCUCUCUGGACGACCCAGAUCGAGACGGCUGGACUCCCUUGAUGAUCGCUUGCUCAGUCGGUCUUGAAGAAGCUGUCCAUUUUCUGAUUGCUAAAGGAGCCAAUCUGAAUCAUAAGAAUUCCACCGGACAAGCUCCCAUACAUUACGCUUCAAGCAAGAAUCACUUGGAUAUUGUCAAGAAACUUUAUGAAAACGGAGCGGACGUGAAUGUAGCAGACAACUUCGGCGCAACGCCUCUAAGCCGCGCGAUCACUAAAGGAAAUAUGAAAAUCGUGGAAUAUCUCGCCACGACCGCUCGUUGCAACAUACACUCGAGGGACAAGGAAGGCGACUCAGCUUUGCAUCUCGCAUGCGAAGAGGGGCACCGUCCGAUGGUUGAGCUGCUGCUGAAACUCGGCGCACGGAAAGACGUCAUGAACAAAGCGGAAAAAUACCCGAAAGAUGUGUGCCGAGACCUCAGUCUGGCACGACUUGUGUCUCUUACCCCAUCCUGAAGUCUGCGGACACUGGAAGAUCGCCCGAUAGUCAUAGCAUAUCAGUUGAUGGAAAUAUAUAUCUCAAAGAGAAAGUUGUGCGACCCCACCAUAGAGAGGGGGCGAGUCGACGAGAAUAAAUUAUUUUUCGCGUCCUCGGUGGCACCGGAUUCUGGCCGAUUCCGCCGCACGGCUGACGGCGCCGAAGCGGCAGGCGGCCAUGACAUGUGGCGCA